AUGGCGGACAAGCCAAGCCGAGCUGUGGUUUUGUACGGAGAUGGGUUGGUCCGUUUCGUCGACUCAUCACACAUCCAUCUCCACUCUCUCGCGUCUAAAGCUUCCUGUGGCUUCUUGAGCCUCCCCAUUGCCCCUCCCUCAGAAAGCGAGGAUGAGAGAAUAGUCAGAGAGUUUGCAUUACUGCUGGAUGCAUAUGAAGCUUACCAUGAUACAGUGAGAUCCACAUCUUUGGUUACCAUAUCAGAAAGGUUCAUGGGGAUGAAAGCUGCGAUAUUUACAAACAAUGCAAGUUUGAAAUCUUUUGGUACCAAACUUGGUUUCAGCGUGUUCCAAAUCGAUGCUCUUUAUAAAAACAGUCCAGCCGGUGCUGAACCGCCAGUUGAUUUUGGGGCAUCUGAGUUACUUAAGUUGCUUGGGUUUCAAGUAGGGAAGACAGUGGAGACGAGCCAGUAUGAUUUAGUUUUUGUGCAUGUUGGGGCUGGUGAGGUGAAUGUUGAAAAAGACAAGGCUACUGAUGAUGUGGGAUAUCUCAAUGCUUUGGUUGGUGCUAUAACGCAAAUAGCCCAACCUGGAUCUGAAAUCGGUGCCCGUUUGCACUUGUCUGUUGUGACGAGCUAUGGGAAGGUCUCAGAAAAGGAUGAUCCCAACUUGUCAGUCUCAUUUAGAAAAGAUGAUGAAAAUUCUUAUCUUUCAAAGCUCGUUCCUCGUCAAAGUUACACCAUGAAAGGAUCUCAACCACGAAAGGAUGUCAGGCACCAUUGCCCAAUGUUAAUUGCUCAGUGGCAAUAUGCAGUAACUCGCAAGGAUAUGGCUGAGACAUUCUCAUUUAAGGAUUUCAAAGAGUGCGGUGGAAAUCUUGUGAUACCAGCGGAUAGGUUUCUGCACGAAGUGGCCUUCAAGCUUUGGAAGGCCCCGAAAUAUGGAGCUUGA